AUGGAAGACGAAAAUGAUGAUUCUAUUGAAGAAUUUCUUGAUUUGACUGAAGAGGAGGACACUGAAGCGAGAAAGCCUUUCUUUGGUGGAAAGAAUCCACAAAAGGAUUCGGGGUUCCUGGCGAAUGAAGAUCCCAAGAGCACAGGGAUUAUAGAGCUCAAGGAGAAGGGUUUCCAUGAACUACAUGAUAAACUUGUUGAGGUUAAGCAAGCAGUUCCAAAAGAGGGCAACACGGGCAGUCAGGGCAGAGGAUUUGGGGGCUAUGGUUCAAAUCAUGGUGGUGGCAAUUAUGGUCGUAUGGACAAUAACAUGUAUAAAAAUGCUACAGCAGGGGAUAGAAGGGGAUAUACAGGGUAUGGUCCUACUGGUUAUGCUGCUCCGGCACCAAUGCAAGGGAACUUUGCAGCAGGUGGUUAUAUGAAUGGAGGGCUUCGAGAAUCCAAAGCGCUUUGGGCUUGGGAUAUUGUGUCUGACAAUUGUGGUAUUUAUAAAAGCUCCAUCAUGGAACUCUACGUAUAA